GUGACUUUACUGCCAGGUAACAUCUGCAAGAGAGAUAUCCUUGUGGAGAUUAAAACAGUUGAUAGAGUGGUUGGCAUUGAUGAUAACGUCACAGAUCCCCGGCUCUGUGCUACCAUUGCAUGUGAAAUCUAUAAGAACCUGCAAGCAUCUGAGAGAAAGAAAAUGCCUCGCACAGACCUUGUGGAGAGAAUUCAGGGAGACAUUAAUGCCAGCAUGCGUGCUAUACUGAUUGAUUGGCUUGUAGAGGUUGCUGAAGAGUACAGUUUUGUACCUGAAACUUUGUUUUUGACUGUUAACUACAUAGAUCGUUAUCUUUCUGGCAAUGUCAUUCAGAGGCAACGAAUACAGUUGCUUGGUGUUGCCUGCAUGAUGAUUGCUGCUAAAUAUGAGGAGAUCUGUGCUCCUCAGGUGGAAGAGUUUUGUUAUGUCGCUGAUAACACAUACUUCAAGAAAGAGGUUUUGCAAAUGGAAUCUUCCGUGCUGAAUUACUUGAAGUUUGAAAUGUCAGCCCCAACCGCUGGAUGUUUUUUAACGCGGUUUGUUCGUGCUGCUCAAGGAAUUAAUGAGUUUGUGAUGCAGAUUAAACAAGACAGCAUCAAUUGUAGACAUAAGAGUGGAAUACCAGGAAAUAGAGAAGUUCUCUGUCAUAUAUUGAGGAAGUAUAUAUUGUUCUUAAUAUAUUUUCAUGAGAAUUUAAGGAGAUUCAUGGAGUAACCCAAUCAUCUUUCCUAGGGUUGUUACAUUAAUCAACUAAAUUUACAUGUAUUUCAUAUGAAUUUCUGGUA